UUAUCCCUCUCUCCUAGAAAACGAAUCUUCAAACAGAAACAUCGUCAAGUUCCUUUCUGAGUUUCUUAUAGAUUAUAUUAUAGAUAGAUACAUUAGAAUAAGAAAGGUGUGAAUCAUAUUAUUAUUAUAGAUUAUUCUUAGGUACAUACAUACAUGAAUAAAGUCAUAUACACACAGCUACUACCAACCAACCCACAUGUUUUUUUCUCUACGAUUUUAUAAUAUAUAAAACUCAGAAUCAUAAAGAUAAAGAUAGUUAAUUAUCACAACAAGAAGGGGAAAAAUGGAUUCUAGAAAGUUUCAAAUUCAAGCAAUUUCGGACCCUAACUCGUCAUCAACUGACGUUUAUCAUCUUGCUUUGGAUAUUGGAGGAUCUCUUUGCAAACUAGUAUACUUCACAAAAGACGAUGAUCAUUUUGUGGACGGUGAGGCGGAGAUAUCUUCUAGAAAUACUUCAGAGAAAUCCAAAGGCAAUAGGGACCAUCCUGUUCUUAAAGGAAGGCUCAAUUUCAAGAAGUUUGAAACAAGCAAGAUAAAUGAUUGUAUAGAUUUUAUCAAGACCAUGAAACUUCAUCUUGGAGGUGUUCAGCAGCAAGAAAAUCCAGGAAAUCAACCAAUAUCUAUUAAGGCCACAGGUGGUGGACCAUACAAGUAUGCAGACUUAUUCAAGGAAAGGCUAGGGAUAACUCUUGACAAGGAAGAUGAAAUGGAUUGUCUUGUCGCAGGAGCAAAUUUUCUUCUCGAGGUAGUUGACCGAGAAGCCUUUACCUAUAUGGGUGAUCAAAGACAAUUUAUGCAGAUUGACCAAAAUGACCUGUAUCCCUAUCUGCUCGUUAAUAUUGGUUCUGGUGUUGGCAUGAUAAAGGUAGAAGGAGAUGGAAAGUUUGAGCGAGUUAGUGGAACGAGUAUAGGUGGAGGCACCUUCUGGGGUUUAGGAAAGCUUUUAACUAAGUGCAAGAGUUUUGAUGAGUUGCUGGAAUUAAGUUAUCAGGGCAACAACAGAGCGGUAGAUAUGCUCGUCGGAGAUAUUUAUGGUGGAACGGACUAUUCAAAGAUUGGUCUUUCAUCAACAGCAAUAGCCUCUAGUUUUGGAAAGGCAAUGUCUGAUAAUAAGGACCGUGAAGAUUACAAACCCGAAGAUAUUGCUCGUUCUCUUCUAAGAAUGAUCUCAAAUAAUAUUGGACAGAUCUCUUACUUAAAUGCCCUUCGAUUUGGGCUGAAGAGGAUUUUCUUUGGUGGGUUUUUUAUUCGGAGGCAUCCUUUUACCAUGGAUACACUAUCUGUUGCUGUUAAUUUCUGGUCUAAAGGUGAAGCGAAAGCAAUGUUCUUACGGCAUGAAGGAUUUCUUGGAGCAGUAGGGGCGUUCAUGAGUUCUGAUAAACAUGGCCUCAAGGAGUUAUUGGUCAAACAAGAUGCCCAACAAAGUCCCACCAAGUUAUCCUUUGCUGUUAAUAAAUUGCAAGGUCCACUCGACGGAGAGUUAAACGGAGAUGAAAGUAUAGAGUGUAGUGUCUAUGCGGCUUAGACGAAGCAAUCGGUUGUUUCUUCACGAAGCAAUCAGUUGUUUCUUCAUGAUUUGUAGUUGUAACUGAAUUUGAUAGUUGAUAGUAAUAACUUUAGUAUCGUGUGAUCGGAUUGAAUUAAAUUUAAAAAGAAUAGAGAAAAUUAGAAUGUACACUCAUAAGUACAUGUUUUUGCUUCA